AUGUUGAGCGUGGACUAUGAAGAACCUGCCUCUCCCGUGCUUCCCAUGCCUCCCUAUAUGGAGUGCCCAGAGCAGCAGGCCUAUCCCUUGAUCAUCGCAAGUCCUCCUGUUCCGCUGGAGCUCGUCUCUCAAUCAGAGGAGCCUUGCGUCCUCUCCACCCAACCGAUGCCUCCAAGCUUCCUCCCACCGCCGGUGCCAUCCGGCCAGCGGGUGCAAGCUUCCCCAAGCCCACCGCCUUCACUGCUUUGUCCGCUGGCCGUGCAGGUGUCGGUGUCGAAGACGCCAACCACCGGCCGGCCCUUGUUGCUGGAUCAACUCUUGGAGCCUCCGUCGCCGAGACGAGCCCAGGGCGACGGAGAGGGGCUUGGGAAGAAGGGUGCAAUGGACGGGGAGACCAUCGCUGGACUCCUAGUCAACAAGACUACGGUGAUGAUGCGCAACAUCCCCAACCGCUAUACAUGUGAGGAACUCUUGAGUGAGGUCAUGGCAGCGGGCUUUGAUGACACGUUCGAUUUCUUCUAUUUGCCCAUGGACUUCAAGACCAAGCGCAAUCGUGGCUACGGCUUCAUCAACUUUGAGUCCCCUGACAUAGCCCAGAAGUUUGUGCGGAGUUUCCAUCAGCGACGGCUGUUGCUCCACCCCUCCAAAAAGAUCGUGGAGGUUGCUCCAGCUGUCACGCAAGGGUAUGAAGCAAACAUGAGCAAGUAUUUCAAGAAGGAUUUAGAGCGAAUCAAGAACGACUGGUUCAGGCCAAUGCUCUUCUCCAAAAGCUAA